AAAGAACACAGAAGGUUCCUCCCCUUGAGCCUUUGCCAGCUUCUUUUACUCCACCCCUCCUUAAACCCCGGCCCAACACAUACCAUUCUAGAGCUCCUAAUAUAGACCCAGCUGCUUUGUAGCAAAGGGUAACAAACCAGUCACCAGCAUUUGCUGCUGUAAAACCAACUUUUCCCAUGGAAUUAUGGAGCCUCUUUCACAGGUGUCAGAAGAGAAGCAGGAAAUACAGAAGCAAGAGAUUGAUGCCACAGUCUACUUGAAUUUCAUGAAAAGUCACUGUUGCUAUGAUGUCAUUCCAACCAGCUGCAAACUGGUCAUAUUUGAUACUACAUUACAAGUAAAAAAGGCCUUUUUUGCACUGGUUGCAAAUGGCUUAAGGGCUGCACCUCUGUGGGACAGUAAAUUGCAAAAGUUUGUGGGAAUGCUGACUAUAACAGAUUUCAUCAACAUCCUCCAUUGCUAUUACAAGUCUCCCAUGGUCCAAAUGUAUGGGCUGGAGAGCCACAGGAUUGAGACAUGGAGAGGUGAUUCACCUCAAAAUGUCUACUUAAAGUAUCCGAAUCAUUUACUUGUUAGUAUUUCUCCAGACGCCAGCCUCUUUGAUGCCAUCUAUUCCUUACUCAGACACAAAAUCCACAGGCUGCCUAUCAUCGAUCCAGAGUCUGGAAAUGUCUUGCACAUUCUGACCCACAAAAGAAUCCUCAAGUUCCUCCAUCUAUUUGGUAAAAAGCUUCCCAGGCCCGUAUUCCUCCAGAGGCAGAUCCAGGAACUUGGGAUAGGAACUUUCAGAAACAUUGCCACAGUUCAGCAAACAGCAACACUUUAUGAUGCUCUCUCAAUAUUUGUAGAAAGGCGGGUCUCAGCACUCCCUGUGGUGGAUGAACAAGGCAGAGUGGUGGCACUCUACUCAAGAUUUGAUGUCAUUAAUCUUGCAGCCCAGAAGAUUUAUAACAAUCUGGACAUGUCGAUGCGGGAAGCCAUUCACAGGCGCUCAUGUUAUGUCGAGGGUGUGAUCAAGUGUCAUGCUGAUGAAACUUUGGAAACUAUUAUAGACCGAAUAGUCAAAGCUGAGGUCCAUCGGCUGGUCUUGGUGGACAAGGCUGAUGUAGUAAAGGGCAUCGUCUCUCUGUCAGACCUGCUGCAGGCCAUGGUCUUAACCCCUGCAGGUAUCGAUGCCCUUGUGUCAUAACGCCAGAAGACAGAGGUUUCCCCUCUCCUCCGUUACUUGUCUGUGUAUGCUUGAGUCCUGGCAGUGAAUCGUGACAGAAAUUGACAAGAGAGAUGAUAAGAGGACAAGAAAUUUCCCGGCUGUGAUGCAGUUUCUAUUUAAAUGUCUUCCACAAUCAAUGACUUUGUCAAAUAUUAUUGGACAGCGUAAUUUGAUGCCCUAAUAUAUCUUCAGAACAAACCCCCUGCCAAAAAAAAAACACUAAAAAUAUCCCUAAUGACUCAGUUUGUCCAAACUGAUUAAUGUUUACAAUAUACUAUAUUUCUGCAAUAAAUUAACUGCUUAUUUUUUUCAAAGUACAUCAUGAAACUGUAUGUUUUUAUAGCAUAUAGAACAUAUGUUGUAUUUAAAACUAAUAAUAAUAAUAAUUCUUUUAAAACUGACAGAAGCUGCAGAGAUUUUGCAGGUCUAGUGUGCGUGUGUCUGUGCGCGCUCGAGCGUGUGUUCACCUUUAUGUAACAUCGUUUUAACACUUCUCAACUCUCAGCAGGACCUGUAACCACAUGGUGGUAGACUUACAGGUUUUCUUUAACCCUGUCCUCCCGACAUGGUAAACAAGGAAACACGUGACCACGUUUUUUUUUCCUUUUUUUUUCUUUCUUAUCUAUGACGGUCUUAUCGUCCAUCCGCCCAUCUGGACUGCUACCAUUGCGAUUUUAACUAGCUUAAAUAUUUAAGAACAAAAACGGAAGUAAAUAUUGUCUUCAGAUUAAAA